CACGGUCAGGUUUUUAUCUCAAUAUCAUACACGAUUCUCAUCUUUCCGCUAGCCAGGAGGGAGAAUAACUCUCACACGCAAUGUCUCCCUCAACCCUCCACAUCGCCAUCCUAGACACCGACACUCCCGUUCCCACCGUCCUGGCUAAACGCGGCCUCUACAGCGACAUCUUCACUUCCCUCCUACAAGACGCAUCAUCUCGACUUUCCUGGCCCACCAUCACAACCACCGCCUACGAUAUCGUCGCCGGCCUAUAUCCCCCAACAGCGCUCCUCCCCACCCUCUCCGGCAUUCUCAUCACCGGCUCCGCGGCCUCUUCUUACGACAAAACGCCGUGGGUCCAGCUACUCGAUGCCUGGAUUUCGUUCAUCUAUGUCAAUUACCCGAAAAUUAAGAUCUUUGGGAGUUGUUUCGGACACCAGAUCGUAUGUCAGAGUCUGCUGAGGGAGUAUGGCGUGAGGGUUGAGAGAGAUGGGAGCGGGUGGGAGGUUGGGGUGCAUGAGAUUAGGCUUGCGAAGGAGUUUCUGGGGGCGUUUUCAGCAAUGAAGUCAACGGGCAUGAAGGAGGCGGGGAAGGAAUUGAAGCAACUUCCCACCCCCGACGACACUCCAUCGCCUACAUCUUCGCCGUCAGCAGAGGCCUCUGCAGCAGACCCCUCAAUCCUCCGCCUCCAGUUCGUCCACGCCGAUCACGUCGUCCUCACUCCAUCCCAUCACUCUCCCGCUCCGUUUUCCCUCCCUUCGGAUUGGGUUCUGCUAGGUAGCACGCCUCACUGCCACUGUCAGGGUGUCUACCAGCCCUCUCGUAUCCUUACAUUCCAAGGUCAUUUCGAGUUCGAUAGGUUCGUGAACUCGGAAACAAUCAAAAUCUUUGGCAAAAUAGCCGGCUGGGAUGACGCGAGGGUCAAAGAGGUGCUAGAAGCGAUCGAUGCGGACGAUGAUAGUUUGAGGGCCGCGGAGAUGGUUGUCAAGUUCUUCGCCGAUGCAGCGGGGCCUGCGGUACAGAGCAGUCACAGGCCGAUCAAGGCCACACAGGCAUCGAAACCCCGGGGUGUGCAAAAGCAGACGAAGGAGAAGAUGAGGAGGAGUGGGAGGAUUGAGGCGAGGUCGAGGCCGCUUUUGAAGUAGGAGCAUCAUUUGAGAUUGGGGAGAUGGCUUGGUCUUGCUUUUAUGACUUUAUGUAUAAAACGCGGAGAAGACAUGGAGGGGAGAUACCAUAGAUUUGAGAUUGAGCGGUGGUUCAGAUAUGGGAAUGCGGGUCAAGAAGGCCUGAUGUGCAUAAGAUGGGACAGCAUUCGCGUUGUCUUUGAUAGAAUAAAACUAUUUGUAAC